GCAAUUCCGUUAAGAAUACAAACACGGGAUCUUUCUGUAUACUAACAAAGUUAUCUGUAAAAGGUAAACUAUAAAAGGGUGAUGCAUGUAUGCACAAUAUUUUUAGUAAAUUUCGUACGCGAACAUAGUUAAGCAGCAUGACAAAACAAAAAAUAAUUCUAGUUGCAUUAUUUGCGAUCUUAUUCAAUGUUGAGAUGAAUAGUGCAGAAUCUCUCCAUUAUGUGAUAACGAGAGACACAGGUAUAGCACAAUCUGUGGCUCCAGCUCUUGCACUUAAGAAGGACGGAAAUACUUUAUAUUAUUUUGGAUAUACAUUUAAAGGCAACUGGUUUCAAGCGAUGGAGCAUUGCAAAUCCCUUAAUAUGGAUUUAGCUAGUAUAGAAUCGAGUCAAGAAAACGAUUUUAUUUAUAAUCAGAUGAGAGAAUUCCUUGGUGGUGGAGCCGAAUAUUGGUUUUGGACGUCGGGAACUAUAUUACCAGACAACAAAUGGGUCUGGAUGAGGACAGGUCGUCCAAUUCUGUAUUCUAACUGGUCUCCAAAUCAACCUGAUAAUGCAGGAGGUAACGAAAAAUGUCUCGAAGUUCAUUACCACUAUACCAGAGGUCUUGUGUGGAAUGACAAAAAUCAAGAUGACAAUAUUCAUGUGCUUUGUGAGGCGAAAAUUACAAAAUCGGUGGCAGAAAUGAUUCCUCUAAUUUGUAAUUUGACUCGCUCUGUUAGUACUUUAAGAUAAGUUAAAAACCAACACAUUAGUAAUGCUUUAGCGUAGUUUUUUAUGAAUAUAAGCGUAUUGUUUGCUGUUUGGAUUUUAUGUCAAUAUAGACUCGGUACUAAAAUC